AUGGCUGAAUCACAAAACCUUUCAAAAGUUGUAUUCUUGCCUGAUCAAGAAGAGGUUUUGAUUGAAGAAGUUCGUAAUAAUCCUGUACUGUAUGAUUUAUCAAAAACAAGUCACAAAGACAUCAUUUUGAAAGAUGAGAUAUGGAAAGAUAUUUCCAUAAAAGUUGGAAGAUCUAUCGACGAUUGCAAGAGGCGAUGGAAAAAUAUAAAAGACACGUAUAAUAGAAAUAAAAGGAAGUUAGGAACAGGAUCUGCUUCAUCAUCUAAAAAAAAAUGGAUCUUGGCAGAUCGCGUAUCAUUCUUAAACUCCGUGAAUAAUGAGCGAAGUUUCAUUAAUAUUUUUAGUUCUACAUCUAACAUUGAUACGCCACUAAAUGAAGAUGGAAGUGUUGGUACUGACGAUGAGAUUGAUAUUGAUGAUUCAAAUAAAGAUGAUGUUGACUUACCAGGGUGCUCAUUUGCGGGUAAUCGUGCUAGAUCAAAAACGGAUAAGCUAGCCGCGAUAUUGGCAAAAAAAACUCAAGAUCGAAACAUGAUAAUCCAAAGCAUUCAACAACAAAAUGAACAACUUUUAAACGCCAAUAAAAAUGAAGAAGAUGACAUUGAUUUAUUUUUUAAAAGCAUAGCUCUUACUGUAAAAAAAUUACCGACAAUGGGCAUUAAUGAAGCUAAAAUUAAGACACUUAUGUUUAUAAAUGAGCUUCAAGAAAAAUAUGCUAAUCCUCCUCAAAUUAGUGCGCCUAGCUUUUUUCCGAUUCAAAACUUCCAACAAAACCAACAACAUUACUACGGAGUUCCUAACACACAAAACAUAUCGCCGAUUUCAUACUCUGACUCAGACCGUUCUCAAACUUCAUCGUCUACCAUUUCAUACACUACAGCUAUCAACCCACAAGCCAUCGCACCAUCGCACUUGACAUUCUCGCCUCAAAACGACUUGGAAAGUACAUCUUCACCGGCAUACUUCAAUAAUUCCAAAUAA